CUUUUUCCAGCUGUUGAAUUUUUAACUUUUCCCAUAAGUAGUGAAAAAAAUCUAAACAACGUGAACAGUUCUCUAUUUCAACAUUAUUUUUAAUGAAACAAAGGAAAAGAAAAAUGAAGUAUUUAAAUGACCGCUAAAGAAAAAAUUUAUAAAUACAUACAAGCGCCCAAAUUGGAUACAACCAUUUGAGUCUGUUGGAGGCCACAAGGUGGCGCUGCAGGCUAAAGAGAAGGGGAGAAAAACCUGAACUGAGAAUGCUGCAUAAGUUACUGACAAAAAAGAAAGGAGAUCGCAGCAGGUAGGCCUGGAGAAAAGCUGUAACAGCCCAAAAUUAGAAAAGGAAAAAACAAAAACAAAAAUAAAAACCCAGACCCCUGCUACUUACAUGGAGUAGGUCUGUGGUUUCCGACUGCUGUUUCUUUACACUGGGAUCUGUGACUGCGACCAAUUUUGAUGACAGACGCGUUCAGAAGUAGCUAUGGAGGCUGGAAGACUGUCCUGCUCAAGACAAAGGCAAGUCCUGUUUCUCUUUCUGUUUUGGGGAGUAUACUUGGCAGUGUCUGGGUUUGGACGUUACUCAGUGACAGAGGAAACACAGAAAGGAUCGUUUGUAGUCAAUCUGGCAAAGGAUCUGGGGAUAGGGUACCCGGAGCUGCUUGCAAGGGGAGCCCGGGUGGUCUCCGAUGAUGACAAACACCACUUGCUCCUGGAUUCCCAAACCGGGGAUUUGCUCACAAAUGAUAAAUUGGACCGGGAGAAGCUGUGUGGCCCCAGAGAGCCCUGUAUGCUGUAUUUCCAAAUCUUAAUGGAUAAUCCCUUUCAGAUUUACCGGGCUGAGCUGAGGGUGAGGGACGUAAAUGAUCAUUCACCACUGUUUCGGGACAAAGAGACAGCCUUAAAAAUAUUAGAAAAUACAGCUGAAGGGACCGCAUUUCGACUAGAAAGAGCACAGGAUUCAGAUGGAGGACUUAAUGGUAUUCAAAACUACACCAUCAACCUCAACUCUUUUUUCCAUAUUAAAAUUAGUGACAGUGAUGAAGGCAUAAUAUACCCAGAGCUAGUAUUGGACAGGGCGCUGGAUCGGGAGAAGCAGCAAGAGCUCAGCUUAACACUCACAGCGCUGGAUGGUGGGUCGCCACCCAGGUCUGGAACCACUACUAUUCGAGUUGUCAUCCUGGACGUCAAUGACAAUGCCCCUCAUUUUUCUCAGGCAAUCUACGAGACCCAGGCUCCGGAGAACAGCCUGGUAGGGUCCCUUAUUGCUAAAGUCUCUGCAGAAGAUGCAGACUUUGGAAUCAAUGCAGACAUAUCCUAUUCAUUUUUUGAUGCUUCUGAAGAUAUUCUAACAACCUUUUAUAUCAAUCCUUUUUCUGGAGAAAUAGUUCUCAGAGUGUUGCUUGAUUAUGAGCUAGUAAAGUCUUACAAAAUAAAUAUACAGGCAAUCGAUGGUGGGGGCCUUUCUGCAAGAUGUACAGUUUUGGUCGAGGUGUUAGACACAAAUGACAAUCCCCCUGAACUGAUCAUAUCAUCACUUUCCAACUAUGUUGCUGAGAAUUCUCCAGAAACCGUGCUGGCUGUUUUUAGGAUUAAAGACGCAGACUCUGGAGAAAAUGGAAAGACGGUUUGCUUCAUUCAAGAUCAUCUGCCGUUUCUUCUGAAACCCUCUAUGGAGAAUUUUUACAUCCUAAUGACAGAAGGAGCACUGGACAGAGAAAGUCAAGCCGAGUACAACAUCACCAUCACCGUCACAGAUAUGGGGACCCCCAGGCUGAAAACCGAGCACAACAUAACCGUGCGGGUGUCCGACGUCAACGACAACGCCCCCGCCUUCACCCAGACCGCCUACACCCUGCGGGUGCGCGAGAACAACAGCCCCGCCCUGCACAUCGGCAGCGUCAGCGCCACAGACAGAGACGCGGGCGCCAACGCCCAGGUCACCUACUCGCUGCUGCCGCCCCACGACCCGCACGUGCCCCUCGCCUCCCUGGUGUCCGUCAACCCGGACAACGGCCACCUGUUCGCCCUGAGGUCGCUGGACUACGAGGCCCUGCGGGCCUUCGAGUUCCGCGUGGGCGCCGCCGACCGCGGCUCGCCGCCGCUCAGCAGCCAGGCGCUGGUGCGCGUGCUCGUGGAGGACGCCAACGACAACGCGCCCUUCGUGCUGCACCCGCUGCAGAACGCCUCGGCGCCCUGCACCGAGCUGGUGCCCAGGGCGGCCGAGGCGGGCUACCUGGUGACCAAGGUGGUGGCGGUGGACGGCGACGCGGGCCAGAACGCCUGGCUGUCGUACCAGCUGCUCAAGGCCACGGAGCCCGGGCUGUUCGGCGUGUGGGCGCACAACGGCGAGGUGCGCACGGCCCGGCCGCUGAGCGAGCGCGACGCGGCCAAGCAGCGGCUGGUGGUGCAGGUCAAGGACAACGGCGAGCCGCCGCUGUCGGCCAGCGUCACGCUGCACGUGCUGCUGGUGGACGGCUUCUCGCAGCCCUACCUGCCGGCCCCGGAAGCGGAAGCGGCGGACGCGGGCCCGGCCGACCCGCUCACCGUCUACCUGGUGGUGGCCUUGGCGUCGGUGUCGUCGCUCUUCCUCUUCUCGGUGCUGGUGUUCGUGGCGGUGCGGCUGUGCAGGAGGGGCGGGGCGGCCUCGGUGGGCCGCCGCCCGGUGCCCGAGGGCCACUUUCCGGGCCCGCUGGUGGACGUCAGCGGCACGGGGACCCUGUCCCAGAGCUACCAGUACGAGGUGUGUCUGACGGGAGGAACUGGGACGAAUGAGUUCAAAUUCUUGAAGCCGAUUCUCCCCAAUAUUCAGGCACAAAACCCUGGGAGGAACAGUGACGAAAAUCCCACGUUUCGAAAUAGCUUUGGAUUUAAUUUUCAGUAAAAUUUGAUUUAUAUUUCAUGUACUUUUGAAGUGUUAUGCAACUAUAUCAACAUUAGUUUAGUUUUAAAACUCCAAGUUAUUUUACAACUUCCAGCCUAAUUUUAAAGUAAUACACUAUAUGUUUUUACAAUGUUAUUUCACCCUUUUCCAUUAAAAGUUAUCUUUAAUUAGUGCCCAUUAUCUAAAUAAUAGUUUUUAGGUUUGGUUCCUUCAAAAUGUACAAGAGUUUAGUUAUUAGUAUUUUCAUUCUAGGAAACAGGUUUUGAAUUUAAUGCUAAUAUAUUUCAUAGACUGGAUCUCAUGAUCCUGUACAACUAUUGUACUUCCUUUAACUAAGAAGACAUAGCUGCAUGUCUGACCUUACUCUAACACUCCUUUUAAUCAUGUUAAGAAACCAUGCGAUCUAGUUCUAAAUGAUAAUAUUUAAAAAGAAAUAUUUCUCUAUUAUUCUGCUCAUGUUAAAAGGAAACAUCAUUGGGGGAAUUCCUUGUCAGUACAGUGGUAGGACUCGGAGGUUUCACUGCCAUACACUGGGUUUGGUCCCUAGUGGGGGAACUAAGAUCCCGCAAGCCGCG